UGUCAGCCGGGGUGCAGUAGGGCGGAGGGCGGAAGCCGGAAGCCGGCUUCUUUCUGGCUCCGAUUUUGUGGUGCUUCUGACCGACUCCUCUGAACCUUAAACGAUGCUAGAGUCAUAUGUGACUCCAAUUUUAAUGAGCUAUGUGAAUCGCUACAUCAAGAACUUAAAGCCAUCAGAUCUACAGCUUUCAUUAUGGGGUGGAGACGUGGUUCUCAGCAAGCUCGAGUUAAAGUUGGAUGUGCUGGAACAGGAAUUGAAAUUACCUUUCACUUUUUUAAGUGGACAUAUUCAUGAAUUGAGGAUCCAUGUACCAUGGACAAAACUGGGUUCGGAAUCAGUGGUGAUUACCAUCAACACAAUGGAAUGCAUUUUGAAACUUAAAGAUGGAAUGCAGGAUGACCAUGAAAGCUGUGGUUCUAAUUCUACCAACCGUAGUACUACUGAGAACACAAAAUCAUCAGUAAAACCUCGAAGAAUUCAGCAGGCUGCUCCCACAGAUCCUGAUUUACCACCAGGUUACGUGCAGAGUCUGAUUAGACGAGUUGUAAAUAAUGUAAACAUUGUUAUAAAUAAUCUCAUACUAAAAUAUGUUGAAGAUGAUAUUGUUCUUUCAGUCAAUAUCACUUCUGCAGAAUGCUAUACAGUAGGUGAAUUAUGGGAUCGUGCAUUCAUGGAUAUUUCUGCAACUGAUCUGGUACUGAGAAAGGUUAUCAAUUUUUCUGACUGUACAGUUUGUCUUGAUAAACGGAAUGCUAGUGGUAAAAUCGAAUUUUAUCAGGAUCCUUUAUUGUACAAAUGUUCCUUCAGAACUCGUCUGCAUUUUACGUAUGAUAACCUAAAUUCCAAGAUGCCAUCUGUUAUUAAAAUUCAUACUUUAGUAGAGAGUUUGAAGCUUUCUAUCACAGAUCAACAACUGCCUAUGUUUAUCCGUAUAAUGCAACUUGGGAUUGCUCUUUACUAUGGAGAAAUAGGCAAUUUUAAAGAUGGAGAAACGGAAGAUUCUACCUGUCAAAAUAAAGAUACGUUAGGAAACUUUACAGGUGUUGGAGAUGAAACAAGAAUAGAUAUGCAGUAUAAAGGCCAAGAGUUGUAUUCACAGCAAGAGGAUGAACAACCACAGGGAUGGGUAUCAUGGGCCUGGUCCUUUGUGCCUGCAAUUGUGAGUUAUGAUGAUGGUGAGGAAGACUACCUUGGGAUUGAUUCUCCGUCAACCACGCAACAGCAAAAAGCACAGACUUUGAAGGAUCCUAUUGUUUCUAUAGGAUUUUAUUGUACAAAGGCAACUGUGACUUUCAAACUCACUGAAAUGCAAGCUGAGAGUAGUUAUUACAGCCCUCAGAAAGUAAAGUCUAAAGAAAUAUUGUGUUGGGAACAAGAAGGAACUACAGUCGAGGCCCUAAUGAUGGGAGAGCCUUUCUUUGAUUGCCAGAUUGGUUUUGUAGGUUGUAGAGCCAUAUGCCUUAAAGGAAUUAUGGGUGUUAAAGAUUUUGAAGAGAAUAUGAAUAGAAGUGAAACCGAAGCCUGUUUUUUCAUUUGUGGUGAAAACUUAAGUAUGAAAGGUUUGACAUACCUUACAAAUUCAUUGUUUGAUUACCGAAGCCCAGAAAAUAAUGGUACUCGUGCAGAAUUUAUCUUGGACGGAGCUCAUCAUAAGGAGACAUAUACUGAGAUAGCUGGAAUGCAAAGAUUUGGAGCUUUCUACAUGGAUUACCUGUAUACAAUGGAGAACACCAGUGGCAAAGGUUCUGCAAAUCAACAAGAUGUUUCUUCAGGAAAAAGUGAAGAUUUGGGCAUAGUUCAGGAGAAAUCUACCAAAAGCCUUGUUAUUGGUCCUCUUGAUUUUCGCUUGGAUAGCAGUGCGGUACAUAGAAUUUUGAAAAUGAUUGUUUGUGCCUUGGAACACGAAUAUGAACCAUAUAGCAGGCUAAAACCAGAUAUUAAGGAUGAAAGUGAAAUAAUACUGAAUCCAGAAGAAAUGGCAUCUUUGGAAGAAUAUAUUCCUACUCGACAUACAAGUAUUACUCUUCUCAAAUGUACUUGCACAAUUUUCAUGGCUGAAUUCAACUUGCUGGAUCAAUUGCUGCCUGUCAUUAUGGGAGAAAAGAACUCAAGUAACUUCAUGAAUACUGCAAACUUCCAAUCUCUUCGGCCUUUGCCAUCUAUUCAGAUAUUGGUGGAUAAAAUUAAUCUGGAACAUUCUGUGCCGAUGUAUGCUGAACAUUUGGUGCACGUGGUCAGCAGCCUUACUCAGCCUUCUGAUAAUCUGCUUCAUUAUUGCUAUGCACACUGCUACCUUAAGAUAUUUGGUUUCCAGGCAGGACUGACAUCUUUGGAUUGUAGGGGAUCUUACUGCUUACCUGUACCGAUUAUUCCCUCUUUCAGCACUGCCCUUUAUGGUAAACUUCUGAAACUACCCACAUGCUGGACCAAAAGAUCUCAGAUUGCUAUAAGUGAAGGUAUAUUUGAACUUCCAAAUCUCACAAUUCAAUCUACAAGAGCCCAGACACUGCUCCUGCAAGCAAUAUAUGAAAGUUGGUCUCAUAUUGGAAAUGUCAGCUCUUCAGUAGUGAAUGAAGCGUUGAUGAAUGAAGUUUUCCAAACUAUAGGUGUGAAAUCUAAGAAUCCCCUGCCAACUCUUGAGGGCUCAAUCCAGAAUGUUGAAUUGAAGUACUGCAGCACAUCAUUGGUCAAAUGCGCCUCUGGGACCAUGGGAUCAAUAAAAAUUUGUGCCAAAGCCCCAGGUGACAGUGGAAAAGAGAAGUUGAUUCCAUUGCUUCAAGGUCCUUCUGACACUAAAGAUCUUCACAGCAGCAAGUGGCUCAAUGAGAGUAGAAAACCAGAGUCUCUCUUAGCUCCAGAUUUGAUAGCCUUCACAGUCCAAGUUCCUCAGUAUAUGGACUACUGCCAUAAUUCUGGUGCAGUACUUCUCUGUAGUAUACAAGGACUAGCAGUUAAUGUUGAUCCAGUCUUAUACACCUGGCUCAUUUAUCAGCCUCAGAAACGAACCAGUAGACAUAUGCAGCAGCAGCCCAUGAUAGCUGUUUCUCUUGUUAUGCCAAUUAACAAAAGGAAAGAAGAUGAGAUGUCUGUUGGAAGUGCGCCCUUGGCAAAGCAGCAGUCAUGUCAGGCCUCUGAGUAUGCCAGCAGCCCAAUAAAAACAAGAACAAUGACAGAAUCUAGACCGUUGUCAGUUCCUGUGAAAGCCAUGCUGAAUAUAUCCGAAGGCUGUAGAAGUGCUGAAGAAAGAAUGAAAGAAUUUAUUGGAGCGGUAUGGAAUGCAGUAAAGAGACUCACACUGCAGCUUGAAGUACAAUCUUGUUGUGUAUUCAUUCCAAAUGAUAGCCUGCCUUCCCCAAGUACAAUUGUAUCUGGUGACAUUCCUGGAACAGUAAGAAGUUGGUACCAUGGACAGACCAUGCCAGGAACACUUGUUCUCUGCCUGCCUCAAAUAAAGAUUAUUAGUGCUGGCCACAAGUAUAUGGACCCUCUGCAGGAGAUUCCAUUUGUUAUCCCACGACCCAUCCUUGAAGAAGGUGAUGCUUUUCCUUGGACUGUCAGCUUGCAUCAUUUCAGCAUAUAUACCCUUUUUGGAAAGCAAGUGACACUUUGCCUAGUGGAACCUAUGGGUUGUACCUCUACUCUAGCCGUUACAUCUCAAAAACUACUUGCUGCAGGACCUGAUAUGAGACAUUCAUUUGUUGUCUGCCUCCAUGUUGACCUAGAGUCACUUGAGAUAAAAUGCUCGAACCCCCAGGUGCAGCUCUUAUAUGAGUUAACUGAUAUCAUGAAUAAAGUCUGGAAUAAAAUUCAAAAGAGAGGCAACCUCAGUCCUUCAGCCUGUCCAGAGACCAUGGCAGGGCCUGUUCCUAGUUCUCCAGUUAGAAGUAGUGUAGGCACAGCUCCUCCAGAUACCAGCACAUGCAGCCCAUCUGCUGACAUUGGAACUACUACUGAGGGAGAUUCUGUACAAGCAGGUGAUGAUUCACUAUUCUCAGAUUCUGUUACCUUGGAACAAACUACAAAUAACAUUGGUGGAUCCAGUGGACGUGUUAGUCUGUGGAUGCAGUGGGUGCUCCCCAAAAUUACUAUAAAGCUCUUUGCUCCAGAUCCUGAAAAUAAAGGCACAGAGCUUUGUAUGGUCAGCGAACUAGAAGAUCUCAGUGCUUCCAUAGAUGUCCAGGACGUGUAUACCAAAGUGAAAUGUAAAAUAGAAAGUUUCAAUGUUGAUCACUAUAGAAGCAGCCUUGGGGAAGAGUGUUGGUCUCUGGGGCAAUGUGGAGGUGUCUUCCUUUCCUGUACUGACAAGCUGAACAGACGCACCUUGUUGGUUCGACCCGUCAGCAAGCAGGACCCUUUCAGUAAUUGCUCUGGCUUCUUUCCUUCUACAACAGCAAAACUUCUAGAUGGCUCUCACCAGCAGCAUGGAUUCCUCUCUUUGACAUAUACAAAAGCGGUAACAAAAAAUGUCCGUCACAAGUUAAUAUCAAGAAAUGAGCGAAGAAGUUUUCAUAAGUUAUCUGAAAGUUUUACGGAUGGUUCUCCUCAUUUUCUUCAUGAAAUUCUUCUUUCAGCACAAGCUUUUGAUAUUGUCCUUUGUUUUCCUUUACUUAAUGCCAUUGCAAGUAUAUUUCAAGCAAAAUUACCAAGGACCCAAAAAGAGAAAAGAAAAUCUCCUGGUCAGCCUAUGAGGACCCAUACACUAACUUCGCGCAAUUUACCUCUGAUUUAUAUCAACACAAGUGUAAUCAGAAUUUUUGUUCCAAAAACAGAAGAAAUGCAACCACGUAUUGAAGUCAAUCAGGCAGCAAAAGAAGACACCAUGGUUUUGAAGAUUGGCUCUGUUGCUAUGGCUCCCCAGGCUGACAAUCCUCUUGGCAGAUCUGUCCUCAGGAAGGAUAUUUACCAGAGAGCCUUGAACUUAGGAAUUCUUCGAGACCCUGGAUCAGAAAUUGAAGAUAGACAAUACCAAAUAGACCUGCAGUCUAUCAAUAUUGGUACUGCACAGUGGGAGCAACUAAAACCGGAGAAGGAAAGUGGCACAGGUGGGGCGCAAACUGAGAGUGAAAGAAAUUCUCAAAAUCCAGCCCUGGAGUGGAAUAUGGCCAGCAGCAUACGGCGGCAUCAAGAAAGAAGAGCAAUUUUGACUCCCAUUUUAACAGAUUUUUCUGUCCGAAUAACUGGUGCACCUGCCAUCAUUUUCACCAAAAUAAUUUCUCCAGAAAAUAUGCAUACUGAGGAGAUUUUAGUGUGUGGCCAUUCCUUGGAAGUGAAUAUAACCACAAACUUGGACUUCUUCCUAAGUGUGGCUCAAGUUCAACUCUUACAUCAGUUAAUAGUAGCAAAUAUGACUGGACUGGAACCAUCAAGCAAGGCCACAGAGAUCUCUAAGCAAGAACAGAAAAAAAUGGAUACAUUUGAUGGAAGCAUGGCUGAAACCUCAUCGCGGUACAGUGGUGCUCAGGAUAGUGGAAUUGGCAGUGACAGUGUUAAAAUCAGAAUAGUACAAAUAGAACAACACAGUGGUACUAGUCAGCAUCGCAUUGCCCGUCCCUCACGCCAGUCAUCAAUUGUAAAAAAUCUAAAUUUUAUUCCCUUUGACAUAUUUAUUACUGCAAGUAGAAUCUCACUAAUGACCUACUCUUGUACAACCUUACCCAAAUUGAAAUCUCAAGAACAAAAGGAUAACGAUAAAACAGGCAAGUGUACAUUAAAUCUCUCAGAAGUUGAUUCAGAUGUUGCUAAGCCCAGUGAGGCAUGUAUUUCCACAGUAACAGCAGAAGAUCUCUUGAACAGCAGCAUAUCUUUUCCUUCAGGGAAAAAAAUAGGGGCCAUUUCUCUUGAAAGUCUUCACGCAUCUACAAGGUCAUCUGCUAGACAAGCGCUUGGUAUUACUAUCGUUCGGCAGCCUGGACGAAGAGGAACUGGUGAUAUGCAGCUAGAACCUUUUUUGUACUUGAUUGUCUCCCAGCCUUCUUUGCUUCUGAGUUGUCACCACAGAAAGCAACGAGUGGAAGUGACUAUUUUUGAUGCUGUGCUUAAAGGAGUGGCCUCUGAUUACAAGUGUACAGAUCCUGGGAAGACUCUGCCUGAAGCCCUUGAUUACUGCACAGUUUGGCUGCAGACGGUGCCUGGAGAAAUAGACAGCAAAAGUGGUAUUCCACCUUCCCUUGUAAUGCUACAGAUUAAAGACUUUCUUAAUGGACCAGCAGAUAUCAACUUGGAUAUAUCAAAGCCUUUGAAAGCAAACCUGAGUUUUACCAAGCUGGAUCAGAUAAACCAUUUUUUAAAGAAGAUCAAAAGUGCACGCCACAAAGAGACUUCAGCCCUGUCGCACACCAUGCUGCAUAAAGAUGAGCCUCCAGCCUCCAAGUGUUACCGUGGAAAGUUGUCUAAACCUCAAGUUCAUGGUGAUGGAGCACAAAAGGUUCCAUUCCAGGAAAACAUGUGGAGAACUGUUUCCUGCUUUCAAAAAAUUUCUGUCCAUACGACUCAGAUUGUGGUCUCUGUGGAAACUGUCCCCCAUCCUAAUAAACCAUGCCUGUUAGCAUCUUUAUCAACCCUCACUGGAAGCUUCAAUGUUAAAGCAGCACAGAAAGUACCUGGUGUAAUUCUUGGGUCAUCAUUUCUACUCAGUGUAAAUGAUUUUCUCCUUAAAACAAGUCUCAAAGAAAGAAGUCGAAUUUUGAUAGGACCGUGUUGUGCUACUGCCAGUCUGGAGGCUAAGUGGUGUAAGCACAGUGGCAGUCCAGGCCCCGAACUGUCCAUACCGAAGAUGUCCGUUGAUUUGAGAGGAGGUCUGCUGCAGGUUUUUUGGGGUCAAGAACAUUUGAAUUGUUUAGUUCUUCUACAUGAAUUGCUCAUUGGAUACCUCAGUGAAGAGGGCAGUUUUGAAGUGCAAGCUUCUGAACCAGUGCCGCGUGUGCCGUCUCCGGUGGGAAAGAAUCAGAUGUUUAAAAGUGAACAAAGCUCAGAUGACCUGCGGACAGGUCUAUUUCAGUAUAUACGAGAUGCUGAACCUUCGAAAAUGCCUGGUGUCUAUGAAGUCUUAUUUUACAACGAAACCGAAGAUAGCCCAGGUACAAUGUUAUGGAGAUACCCAGAACCUAGAGUGCUCACCCUCGUACGAAUAACUCCUGUGCCCUUCAACACCACAGAGGACCCAGACAUUAGCACAGCAGACCUUGGUGAUAUGCUACAGAUUCCUUGUAGUUUGGAAUACUGGGAUGAACUCCAGAAGACUUUUGUCACAUUUCAAGAAUUUUAUCUAUCCGAAAGCAAAGUUUGUGAACUGCAGUUGCCAGAUAUCAAUCUUGUGAAUGACCAGAAGAAACUGGUAUCCUCAGAUCUUUGGAGAAUUGUCUUGAACGGCAGUCAAAAUGGAGCUGAUGACCAAAGCUCUGCAAGUGAAUCUGGUUCUCAAAGCACUUGUGACCAGCUUGUAACUCCAACAGCCCUGGCUGCCUGUACCAGAGUCGACUCCUGUUUUACUCCAUGGUUUGUCCCAUCUCUUUGCAUUUCCUUCCAAUUUGCCCACCUGGAGUUCCAUCUUUGUCAUCACCUGGAUCAACUAGGCACAGCUCCACCGCGAUACCUACAGCCAUUUGUUUCUGAUAAAAAUGUGCCGUCUGAACUAGAAUACAUGAUCAUUUCCUUCAAAGAACCACACAUGUAUCUUCGACAGUGGAACAAUAGUUCUGUCUGUCAGGAGAUCCAGUUCUCAGCUCAAGCAGACUGUAAACUUCUAGAGUGCAGAAAUGUUACAAUGCAAAGCAUGGUGAAACCUUUCGGCAUCUUUGGGCAGAUUGCGGUUUCCAGCGAUGCCGUAGAAAAGCUACUUGACUGCACCAUCAUAGUUGAUUCUAUAUUUGUAAACUUUGGGCAACACGCAGUUCAUUCUCUAAACACCGCAAUACAAGCUUGGCAACAGAACAAAUGCCCUGAGGUAGAGGAGUUGGUCUUCAGCCAUUUUGUGAUCUGUAAUGACACACAGGAGACACUGCGGUUUGGCCAGGUGGAUACUGAUGAAAAUAUUCUGCUGGCGAGUCUCCAUAGUCACCAGUACAGCUGGCGCUCUCACAAAUCCCCACAGCUGUUGCACAUCUGUAUUGAAGGUUGGGGCAAUUGGCGUUGGUCAGAGCCCAUCAGUGUGGACCAUGCUGGGACUUUUAUCAGAACUAUUCAGUACAAGGGUCGAACUGCUUCACUCAUCAUCAAGGUUCAACAACUCAGUGGAGUGCAAAAACAGAUUAUCAUCUGUGGAAGACAGAUCAUCUGUAGUUACUUGUCUCAAAGCAUAGAACUAAAAGUCGUUCAGCAUUACAUCGGUCAAGAUGGACAAGCUGUGGUUCGAGAACAUUUUGACUGCCUCACAGCCAAACAGAAAUUGCCUUCGUACAUCCUAGAAAACAGUGAACUGACAGAGUUGUGUGUGAAGGCCAAAGGAGAUGAAGACUGGUCAAGAGACGUGUGCCUGGACUCCAAGGCCCCUGAGUACAGCAUUGUCAUUCAGGUGCCAUCUUCAAACAGUUCCAUUAUUUAUGUCUGGUGCACAGUUUUGACUUUAGAACCCAACUCUCAAGUGCAACAACGAAUAAUUGUGUUCAGCCCUCUCUUUAUCAUGAGGAGUCAUCUCCCAGACCCCAUUAUCAUACAUUUGGAGAAAAGGAGUCUGGGAUUGAGUGAAACACAAGUUAUUCCAGGAAAGGGGCAGGAAAAACCACUGCAAAACAUAGAACCUGACCUUGUACAUCACCUAACAUUUCAAGCAAGAGAAGAAGAUGAUCCUUCACAUUAUGCUGUUCCUAUCUCAACAUCCCUCAUUAAGCAAAUAGCCACUAAGAUACACCCUGGAGGCACAGUUAGUCAGAUCCUUGACGAAUUCUACGGGCCGGAAAAGUCUCUUCAACCCAUGUGGCCCUAUAAUAAAAAGGAUUCUGACAGGAAUGAACAGCUGAGUCAGUGGGAUAGCCCAAUGCAAGUGAAGCUGUCAGUCUGGAAGCCAUAUGUUAGAACCUUGUUGAUAGAACUUCUACCCUGGGCCCUGCUUAUCAAUCAAUCCAAGUGGGACCUCUGGCUGUUUGAAGGAGAGAAGAUUGUUCUACAGGUUCCUGCUGGCAAAAUUAUUAUCCCUCCUAAUUUUCAGGAAGCUUUUCAAAUUGGAAUAUACUGGGCAAAUACAAAUACUGUGCACAAGUCAGUAGCAAUUAAACUGGUUCAUAACCUGACAUCUCCAAAGUGGAAAGAUGGAGGUAAUGGUGAAGUUGUAUCAUUGGAUGAAGAAGGGUUUGUUGAUGCUGAAAUAAGACUCGGUGCCUUCCCAGGACAUCAGAAGUUAUGUCAGUUCUGCAUCUCCUCCAUGGUACAGCAAGGUAUACAAAUUAUUCAGAUUGAAGACAAGACUACAAUAAUCAAUAAUACACCAUAUCAAAUAUUUUAUAAACCACAGUUAUCUGUCUCCAAACCCCAUUCUGGAAAGGAGUAUUUUCAUGUUCCAGACAGUGCCACUUUCAGCAUUUGCCCAGGUGACGAGCAGCCUGCUGUGAAAUCCAGCUCCCUUCCUUGCUGGGACUUAAUGCCUGACAUCAGUCAGUCAGCACUAGAUGCAUCUCUGCUACAGAAACAGCUCUCGCUGGCCUUUUCUCCUGCCGCAGGUGCCGACAGCUCACAGUGCUGGAGCCUGCCAGCUGUAGUUCGACAAGAGUUUCCCAGACAGAGUGUGGCAGUGCCC